AUGAAGACUUUAGUCGCUCUAGUUGCUGUGCUGGCAGUGGUUGUCGCUCAUCCAUUGCCUUUAGUUCAAGUUAUUGUGAACAUCGAUGCUAGUAGUGACCCUGGUGAUAACAAACCAGUGCCCCCAGAUGUAGACCCCGUACCUCCAGUUGACCCAGAAGAGCCUGAGGCAGAUGGAAGUGAAGAAAACGAAGACAUUGUGCCCGAAGAAAGCGAAGAAUCUGCUUCCGAAGAAAGUGAAGAAUCAGUUUCAGAGGAAAGCGAGGAAUCUAUUUCCGAGGAAAGUGAGGAAUCUAUUUCCGAGGAAAGUGAGGAAUCUGUUUCCGAAGAAAGUGAAGAAUCUGUUUCCGAGGAAAGCGAAGAAUCUGUUUCCGAGGAAAGCGAGGAAGUAAAACCCGAGGAAGAGGAAGAAGUUAAACCCGAAGAAGAGGAAGAAGUAAAACCCGAAGAAGAGGAAGAAGUUAAACCCGAAGAAGAGGAAGAAGUAAAACCCGAAGAAGAGGAAGAAGUUAAACCCGAAGAAGAGGAAGAAGUUAAACCCGAAGAAGAGGAAGACGUAGUUCCUGAGGAAGACGAGGAGGAAGAGAGCGAGGAAUCUCCUUCCGAGGAAAGCGAAGAAUCUGUUUCCGAAGAAAGCGAGGAAGUAAAACCCGAAGAAGAGGAAGAAGUUAAACCCGAAGAAGAGGAAGAAGUAAAACCCGAAGAAGAGGAAGAAGUAAAACCCGAAGAAGAGGAAGAAGUUAAACCCGAAGAAGAGGAAGACGUAGUUCCUGAGGAAGAGGAGGAGGAAGAGAGCGAGGAAUCUCCUUCCGAGGAAAGCGAAGAAUCUGUUUCCGAAGAAAGCGAGGAAGUUAAACCCGAAGAAGAGGAAGACGUAGCUCCUGAAGAAGAAGAAGACGUAGCUCCUGAAGAAGAGGAGGAACAAGCUCCCGAAGAAGAGGAAGAACAAGCUCCUGAAGAAGAGGAAGAAGUAGCACCCGAAGAAGAGGAAGAAGUAAAACCCGAAGAAGAGGAAGAAGUUAAACCCGAAGAAGAGGAGGAACAAGCUCCCGAAGAAGAGGAAGAAGUAGCUCCCGAAGAAGAGGAGGAACAAGCUCCCGAAGAAGAGGAAGACGUAGCUCCUGAAGAAGAGGAAAAUGACAUCCCUGCUUACUAG